AUGAAACUCGAUCAGGAUCUUAUCGGCAAGACUGCCUUUGUAACGGGGGGCUCUGGUGGAUUAGGAAAAGCGAUCUCCAACAUCCUUGCGGCGCGUGGUGCCCAUGUCACCAUAUUCGCGCGGCGACCCGGUCCCCUAGCAGAUGCAAAGAAUGAGAUAGUCCGGAACUGUGUGGAUGCGGGUCGACAAGAGAUCAAUGCUGUUGCGGUGAAUCUGGCGGAUGCUUCUGCGGUUGCAGAAGCAUUCCGGUCCCAACCCCGAAUCGCGAAUUUCCUGUAUUGUUCCGCCGGGGGCAACCACGCGGAGAACGGGUUUUUCAUCGAUCUUCAAGCUACGCAGCUGGAUUCUUGCAUGAAAAAUAAUUAUUAUUCCACUGCGUAUGCCGCCAAAGCUAUGUUAGAUCUCUGGGUGGAGCAUGAUCAGAAAUCGGCGGGCAUCGAUCUCUCCAACAACACCACUCGGCCCCAGACCCGGAGGAUUGUUUUCGUCAACAGUGCGGCGGCCUUCUUGGGGUUACCCGGGAGCGUGGCGUAUACGCCCGCCAAAAGCGCCGUCCGAGCCCUCGCCGACACGCUCCGCUUCGAAGUCCUCCGCCACAACACCGCCCACACCACCUACACUGUCCACAUCGCCUUCCCGGCCGACUUCAUCUCCCCGGGGUUUGUCCUCGAGCAGGACACCAAACCGGACCUCACGAAGCGCAUCCAGGGCACGAAUGUCGCCACCUUCGCGGAGCUGGAGGAGAAAUUUCCGUCCUCCGAGCACGUGGCGCAGGGCAUCGUGGCGCGGGUCGAUCAAGGGGAUUUUAUUAUCUGCGAGGAUUCGCUGUCCGCGAGCCUCUUGUUCACGAAUAUGAUGGGAUUGAGUCCCAAGCGCGGGCUUGGGAUCAUCGAUUCGUUGUUGAGUGUGGUGAUGGGGUGGUUCGUGGUGCCGGUAUUGAGGAGGAGGUGGGAGAGGAUGUGUCGGGAAGAUGGUGGCCACAAGGUACGGUGA